GACCGGUCUUGCGCUCGAUGGCUUCGAGGGCACCUCCCCCUUUGUUGGCUGUUUAUUUGGGUCAGAAAGAGAAACACAAAAUGAGAGUGAGAUCCCACACUGCUCAAAAAACAGAUUGGCCUUGUCUGGCUUCUAGUUGAGCUUUUGAAAACUCCUUUUUCAUUCCUCUCUGUAAGACACGCUUUAUUCUCUCCUUUUCUCCUCACCCUCUAAUCAGCCCUUCUGCCUGUUUGGAGGUGAACAGCGCAGCGGGGACGUUUUUUUUGUGUGCUUGAUGGGUAACCCUUACUCCUUUGAAAAGAGACAGGGGAAAGCUGCCAUUACCACUGGCAGGAAGGUGUCUAAAGACAAUAGCGUUUUCUGCCACUUUAUUAACUUGAGGAGAUUAGUCCUUGUGUCAGCUUUCUGUUCAUGUUUUAUCCAUGAGCCAGAAAUCCAAGGGAUUAAAAGAAAAGGAGGCAAGGUGGGAUUAAAUAGGCUUGGCAGGAUUUGGAAGGAUCAAUCCAGCUGAACAGACUUCUUUUUUGUGCCAGUUUUGAAGUGUUUGUUGCCAUUAUUUGGUAGAUUCCCAUCUUUGUCCUAGACACAUAUAUGUUUAAAAAAAAAAACAAAAGCAAAGGAAGUGUUUGGAUAACUGAGAGUUCGCAGACCUGCAGAUUUCCGCACAGAGCAGUUUGAGGUGAGAGCGAACAGCUGAAAGGAAAAGCAGAGGAAAUAUGAAAGUUGAAAACAUAACAAACAAGCAUAAUGUCUGGACAGGGAGUAUGGGAAACUACGGUGGAAAGAGUCUGACGGCCCAUGACGUAUAAGUAAAAAAAAAAAUCUAAUUAAGUUUGUUUGGAAUUGUGGUCAUUGUGUUGGAAUCAAACCUGUCAGGGAAUUUGAAGCAUUUCCCAUGGCGGUGCUCACAUGGUCCGAAAUUAACUUUUCUCAGACCUUUUAGACGUUUCCCAUCAACGUCCCGUCUGUAGCACUUUAAUUCACAUGUGCCUCACCUUUGUUGGUGGCUGCAGAGAACUGUAGCACCUCUCACAGCCUCGCCGUGAGGACUCAGGAAGCAGAGCGACCUUAUCGGGGGCCGACACACAAAGCUCUUCUUGCCUCGCAGUGGCGAGGUAUGCACAAGUGUUUGUGCGUGUGUGUGUAUGUGCAUGAUGGUGGGGGGGGCGGGGUUGUGGAGGUGGGGGGCAGUGGGAGGCACUUCCUCCCAUUCUUCUGCUGUGGAAGAGUUCCCAUGAGCGCCCCUGCCAGGAGCUAGAGUCGGGCCCGAGCAGGCCAAGCCGGAGCUCGUCUCGCCUGUGUGACGCCAACUCACACUCACACAGCUGAUUUCAGGCGCUACUGGAGCUUCUGUUGUUCAUGCCACACACUGAGGAGCGAGGCGUUACAGUAGAGGCAACGAGGAGAAUGGACACUGUAGGGGGGGAUUUAUUAGAAAACAGUAACAUCUGCUACAGCUAAGUGUUCAUGAAUGACUGGAGUCAUUCAUUGGGAAUAAGUUCAUCAGGAGGUCAGUGACAAAUCCCAGUUUGGCCAAGAAGAAGGUCCACGGACCCCUUUUUUGAUUCUUCAAGCUUCACAUCAUCUGCAUCUGGUCUGCCAUCUGGACCCUAAGGCACCUCUUCAACUCUUUGAACAGCAGCUGAGAUGAUUCACAACACCUUGAAGUCCACAGAACCUUCAGAACAAAGCCCCAGGAGAACAUGCUCAGCUGCGCAGAGGAAGCUGUGGAGAUACUCGGGCUGCAGAAGGAGCAGCCAGGUGGAAAGUCACCGCCGCAGCGUUUGUGUGUUGUCUGCAGACCUGAACGCUGGAGAGGACAGAGCAAGAGGAGGAAGUGGUGUUAUACACACUAUUCAUGGGCUUUGCCACCUCUGCAUUGGAUGUAGGCUACCACAGGUGACCAUCCUUCGAGGAAAAGAUGGAUAUGGAUUCACCAUCUGCUCCGAUUCCCCUGUGAGGGUACAAGCUGUUGAUCCAGGGGGUCCAGCGGAUCAGGCUGGUCUGCAGCAACUGGACACUCUCCUUCAGUUAAACGGGCAGCCAGUGGAGCAGUGGAAAUGUGUGGACCUAGCUCACGCUAUAAGAAACAGCGCCAAUGAAAUCACAGUGGUUGUGUGGCGAACCGGUCCCUCUGCAAAACCCAAUUUUGAGGGUCUCAUUCACAGACCCUCCUAUAAACCCUCCACCUUAAACUAUGAGGCCCCAUCACCCCCUCUACGGAGGCACGCGCCAGAUGUCGGCACAAUCAAAUCCCCCCCAGCUGUGCCGCCCCUCCCAGCUCACCACCGUGCCACUGCCGCACGCCGGCUUUUGGUCAACGGGUCUGAAGCUGGAAACAACGUUGGCGUAGGCAGGGGUACGCUGGCGUGGGGGGCUCAGGGAGGCUCGAUGGAUGACCUGGAUGGAAAACCGCGUCUCCUUCAUCACCCUGCUACUGCCACGUUAAAAGGAACCCGGGUGAAAGCAUCCAAUGGAGACAACUACAUCAUCCUGGCGCCCAUCAACCCUGGAAGCCAGAUCCUGAGGCCUGUUUAUCAAGACAACCAGGGAACUCUAGCCUCGGGCUUCAACCGGUUAUACCCAACACGUCAGACUUCAGGACAACAGUCCCAGAAAUCCCAGAGUGUUGGUGGUGUUUUACCGGGCGGGGUCAGUAGCAGCGCUUCAGGCAUGUCCAGCAGAACUGGCUUCCUACGUCGAUCGAACAACUCCAAGACAUCAAAAGGGUCAUCAACAUCUACUAAUGCUGGCGUACCCAACUACCAACAGCAGAAUGCUAACUUUGCCAACUACCAGAACUGCACCAUCGUCCGCUCACAUACUCCACAUGCUAACUAUGGAUACGUGAAAGUAGCACCCAAGAUUCUCAUCUUUCCCAUAUUUGUACAGCCUCUUGACCUUUGCAGCCGAACGCUUAUCAUAUCAGAGGAGCUGAUUCUUCAUGAGAGCAAGCACCAUUCUUCAAAGGUGACCGUGUUUGUCUACAGUGACUUGAUGCUCGUCACAAGAGAAACCGAACCAGGCAGGUGUAACGUCCUUCAGAGUCCACUGUUCCUCCGACACCUUCGGCUCCAGGAUGAUUACGCGGAGGAGCUGAGAUUCUACCUUAUCCACAUGACAGAGAAGUGUGACUGCCUGCUCAGCCUGGAAGCCUAUUCAGCAGACCAGAAGCACCGUGUAUGUCAGUGCCUGAAGGACAACAUUGACAAGCAGCUUCAGCUUCACAGGAGGGAGCCUCUCGUUCCGCAUUUUGAGCAGAUGUUGGAGCCUAAUGUGGAUGCCCCUUCCUGUCAGCUGGGUGGAGUAGCAGGAGACCGCGAUGUUUGCCUGCACAUGGCCACGCACAGCACAGAGGGCGAGGACAGUAGCCUUUAUCCCUCCAGCCCCUCAGAGCCCCCAACAGUAGGCAGCCCUCACCCCUCUGAGCCGCUCACCCCUUUGGACGAUGUCUACACACCCCUCGGGGGUCUGCUGGGAUCCGACGAACGACACAAGGUGCCCCCUACGCCACCGCCUUCCACAGAGGGGGAGGAUUCCAAAAGCAUAGAAGGACACGAGUACGAUUUCUGGAAAGGGAAGAAAGUCGAGGAAGACAAGCGAGGAGAAGAAGAGGAGGAUAGGGUCAGCAGAAAGACUACAGACACUGACUUUGGGGAUAAAGAAGAUGCAGACAAUGAAGAAGACAGUAACAAGGAGGAGGUCAACUUAAACACGGUGGUGUCAAACACAGACGACGACAACGUCUCAGAGCUGCCUGACACCAACGCGCCCCCUUCCUCGUCUUCAUCCUCAUUUGUCAUCCCUGAGCUGCGUCUUGAUCGGUCCUUCAGCGCCGAUGCCCUCUCCUCCCCCAACACGGAUGAAGAAUAUGACGAAGAGGAAGAUGAAGAGUCAGAGGAGGACGAUGAUGAAGAUGACAGCGAUGAUGCCUACUUGGAGAGAAGUGACAGUAAGCGGCGUAGCAUGGUUGAAGGUGGGACAUGUGAGAAACAUGGCGGAGGGAGGCUCAGCGUGCAGAAUUCCCUCCGCCGCCGCACGCACAGCGAAGGCAGCCUCCUGCAGGACCCCCGCACCACGUGUUUCACCUCAGACAACGCCAUCAACUGCCUAGAGGCUGGAGGUGGACACCACAAGGGCGGCUGGACGCUUCCUUCACCCAAAACCCUGAAGAAGGAGCUGACCAAGAAUGGAGGCUCCAUGCAUCAGCUGUGCAUGCUGUUUUCCGGCAGAAAGCUGAGCGCCGGAUCCCCCUGUAGCUGCGAGGUUGGACCUGACAGAACCAAGAAGAAGAAAUCCAAGAACCUGUGAGUAACAUCUUUUUGUUCAUUUAUGCUGUUUGCCACUGUGGGAUUGAGAAUAUUAACCAAUAUAUUAACCCUUGAACCCUUUCGUUAUAAAAAGUUACACCAUCACUGUG